UCUGGUUCUACCGAGGUCGGCAAAGAUUGCACUCCUCAGUUUUCAAAUCACCGCCACCAACCCAAGUGUCACCAUGGUCCGCGUCCUCGCCUUCGCCCUCGCCUCGCUCCUUCCCGCGUUCCUCACAGCGCAGCCGAUGCUCGGUGGCUGGCACAACACGACGAACGUUACGGAAGGCCUCGUGGAGACAUACUACUCGGCGGUCGCGUCGCCUGCCAGCUACGCCGCCGACGCCACGCUGUUCGUCUGCGCGACCAGCCUCACGAGCGUCUCGGCCCAGGUCGUGAGCGGCAUGAACUACAUCUUCCACGUCGAGGGCUGCGCCGUGCACGCGGCCACCGACUCGGGCGCCGACUGCACGUGCCCGGCGCCGUCGACCGCCUACGACGUCGCCAUCACAGACGCGCCGUGGAUGCAGAUGCUCAGCGUCACCAGCAUCACGCCAGUCUAGGACCCUCGUGCCAAGGCAGCUCGCUUGUCUGGAUGAAUAACUUGCGUAAAAAUUAUGUGUUUGGCUUGACCA